AUGAAAGAUGACCCCUGGCUGACGGCUCACAACUUCCUGCAGAAGAACGAGCUCAGCCCCAUGUUCCUGGACCAGGUGGCCAACUUCAUCAUCGAGAACACCAAAGGACACACCUUGGGAGCCGCCCCGCCCAGCGCUGCCGACCCAUUCACUGGUAGGGCCACUGAACCAUCUUCAUACUAUAGGCUGCUACAUGACAUGUUUAGACUCUUAACACACACCGCGUGCAAAGUUACUGUAAUAUUUGAAAUAGACCGGCCCAGCCCAGUAGUAUCAACCCAUUCACUGGCCAUUUUCUCUCUAUAGGGUACACUUAGGGUGAUCUUUCCCUCUUCUAACACACAGUGUGCAAAGUUACUGUAAUAUUUGAAAUAGACAGGUCAUGGCAAAUCAAAUUGAGUUUGGAAUACCACACUAACUGUAUUUUCACCCACCUUUUAUCAUGUUCACCAUUAGGCUCAGGCCGAUACAUUCCUGGAGCUGCUGACAACAGAGCAGGCUUUGGGGCUGACCCCUUCACAGGUAAAUAAACACAAAUAUCAUUUUCAGUUUGAUGAGGACAUACUGUUCUAAUACAUUAUUAUGGUGUUUUCCCCAGGCACUGGGCGGUACAUCCCAGGAUCGGGGACUCCUACAGCGUGGCAGACCCCAUCACUGGUUAGUCACUAUAGCAACUCCUUCAAUGUCUAGGGUUCAAUCCGAGGUCGCAUUAACAUUCAAACCUGUUUUUUCCCCAACAAAUUACAUAUAAAAGAUAAAACCCCAAUAACACUGCUAAAGCAGAUCAUAUUUUGUUUGGUUGAGGGGUAGGGCUAACACUUCUACCCCCCUCUUGUCUUCCCAGGUGAGGGUGCCUACUCCUCGACUGCCUCGAGGCAGACCUCCACAAACAUCUACUUCCCAAAAACGGAUGGGGUGACCUUUGAGCAGGCUAAUGCCACACAGAAAAUGGGUAAGUAAGUAAGCACUGAACAAAACAUGAUCCCUUGAUAUUUUAUUAUAUAUUUUUCAUACUAGCAGAAAUAAUCAAUGUCUAUUUAUUCAGUGUACAAAACUGAUCAACCAUCACUGUGGCUGAACUGAAAUAAUGUGGAUAGCUAUAUGGAAACCUCACUACAGUAAAUACAUACCAGGUAUUACAAAGUGUCUGUUUCAUUCUCAAUAGCAUCUCUGUAUAUUAACGUUGCUCUUUGCCCUUCCACCAGCCAAGUUGAAGGAGCUGAACAGUGGGGCCCCUGGGGAAUACAGGAUGUCUGAAGAGGUGCUGGGGAGCCUGGAGAAGCUGCCGGUGUCUGUCUGUGACCCCCACGCCUCAGAGCAGCCCACCACAGAGCAGAUCAGUCUGCUCUGGAAGACCUCCCACUGGCCAGAAGGUAGGCUACCACACAUUUUGGGCAGGAUUUGGGUUUAUCCCACUAGACUAGUGCAGAGGUGGGCAAUUCUGAUCCUGGCAAGCUGCAAUGUAUGCAGGCUUUUGCUUCCAGUCACUAGCACAUGUGAUUUAUACUGAACAAAAAUAUAAAACGCAACAUGUAAAGUGUUGGUCCCAUGUUUCAUGAGCUUAAAUAAAAGAUCCCAGAAAUGUUCCAUAUGCACAAAAAGCUUAUUUCUCUCAAAUUUGGUGGACAAAUUUGUUUACAUCCCUGAUAGUUUCUCAUUUGACAAGAUAAUACAUCCACCUGACAGGUGUGGCAUAUCAAGAAGCUGAUUAAACCGCAUUAUUAUUACACAGGUACACCUUGUGCUGGGGGACAAUAAAAGGCCACUCCAAAAUGUGCAGUUUUGUCACACAACACAAUGCCACAGACGUCUCAAGUUUUGAGGGAGUGUGCAAUUGGCAAGCUGACUGCAGGAAUGUCCACCAGAGCUGUUGCCAGAUAAUUUAAUGCCACCUCCAACGUAGUUUUAGUGAAUUUGGCUGUACAUCCAACCGGCCUCACAACCGCAGACCACGUGUAACCAAGCCAGCCCAGGACUUCCACAUCCGGCUUCUUCACCUGCGGUAUCGUCUGAGACCAGCCACCCGGACAGCUGAUGAAACUGAGGAGUAUUUCUGUCUGUAAUAAAGCCCUUUUGUGGGGGAAAAACUCAUUCUGAUUGGCUGGGCCAGGCUCCCCAGUGGGUGGGCCUAUGCCCUCCCAGGUCCACCCAUGGCUGUUCCCCUUCCCAUUCAUGUGAAAUCCAUAGAUUAGGGACUAAUGAAUUUAUUUCAAUUGACUGAUUUCCUUAUAUGAAAUGUAACAGUAAAAUCGUUGAAAUUGUUGCGUUUAUAUUUUUGUCCAGUAUAUAUCAUUUAAAUGGACAUGAAUAUAAAUAUUUGUUUGUAUUUUUUAGUUUUUCCUCCUAUUAGAUGCCUGUGAGCUGACACUGGACGAAAACACGGCACACAGAGAGCUCUCUCUGUCUGAGGAGAAAUGCAACCAUAUCCUGAUCACCCAGACAGAUUUGAGCGCCCUGCACAGGUGUUAUGCAUAGAGGGUCUAACUGGACGCUGUUACGUGGAGGUGAAGGGGAACAAGUAUGCGACUUAUAUAGGAGUAGCAUACAAAGGGAUCAGCAGGAGAGGAAGGGACUAUGACUCCCUCCUGCGUUGUGCUGAUGACCAAUACAUUGCCUGGCACAAUAUGAGGAGCACUGUCAUUCCUGUCCCCUCCAACAAACUGUGGCUCAGCCGGCACUCUGUACUUUUACAGUGUCUCCUCUAGCACAUUGACCCAUCUUCACACAUUCCACACUAAGUUCUCUGAGCCAGUCUAUCCAACCUUUAAGGUUUGGGCUAAUGGCGCAUCAGUGUCCCUUUGCAAAAUAGAAUAGCAUCUUGGCGCGGUAGAAUAACUUGUAAGAUGCGUUUCUUUAUUAUUGGCAGACCACAGAGGCAACUGAGUAA